AUGAGUUAUCCAUGGGAUGAGGGACAGUGGGAGCCCAAAUACACCGGCAGACACGCAGCGAGCGACUCGACGAUACAUACUCCCGGACUGUCUUCGCCCACCCAGUAUUAUCCCUCAACACCCUCGUCCUCGUCCACGCCGAUUUCACCCUAUACACGCGCCACCACCGUCCCUCUCAUUACCUUCCGUCCACCUCAUGGUCGAUCAACAGGCGGUGCCGAACUGCAAACGAGCGAGUUUUUGAUCCCUCACAGAAACGCACAAACCCAGUCCGGACUCGAUCCAGCCGAUCGGCAUGAUAUCCUUGCGUACCCUCAUCUCAACCAGCAGGAUCCAACAAAGGAGAUCACCGACCUCAUCGAGAAGACGAGAGAUUCUCACCGAAACGUUCAAGAUGAAUCUGGCCGGACCGCGCUAGGCGUCGUCAAGAUGUUUGGACCGGAACGUGUGGUUCAAGAUCCUAUCCUCAGGGCAUAUUACGACAGCAUCAUUCGGGAUAUCUGGAUCUUUGUCAUCAUCGUCACUAGUGCUUGGAUCGGAUUGUGCUUGGCGGUUCCUGUGGUGGGGCUCGAGGGCAAGACGUGA